AUGGUGCAGACCAACAAUGAGACCGGCAUCACGCGCGCUCUGGGCAACUUUGCCCAGAGCCUUGAAUACGAGGACCUAUCGCCAGAGGUAAUUGACUGGGCGAAGUACCUCUGCCUGGACUUUGCCGCCGUUACGCUCAACGGCUCGACCACCGAUUCGGCCAAGGCCGUAGUGGACGCGCUGCAGCGACUGGGACGGCCCGGGCCUUCGGCCGUCGUGGGCACGCCGUACCGGGUGCUGCCGGAGUACGCGUCCAUGGCCAACGGCGUGGCCUUCCACAGCAUCGAGAUGGACGACGUGAACAACGAGGCCUCGCUGCACCCCGGGGUGGUGGCCUUCCCCACGGCGCUUUCGAUGGCAGACCUGGCCCACGUGUCGGGCAAGGACUUCAUCGCCGCCGUAGUCGCUGGGUAUGAUGUGAUCGUCCGGCUGGGUCGGGCACUGCAGCCCGCCGAGCACUACGGGCGCGGGUUCCAUCCCACCGGCACCUGCGGGGCGUUCGGCGCUGCAGUGGUGGCCGGGCGGCUGCUGGGGCUGCAGGGCGACGACUUCAUCCACGCGCUGGGGAUCGCCGGGAGCCAGACAGCGGGGAGCAUGGAGUACCUGGCGCAGGGGGCUUGGACCAAGCGGUUCCAUCCCGGCUGGGCGUCGCACAGCGGAUCGUGGGCAGCGCUGCUGGCGCGCUCCGGCUAUACCGGGCCGACCACGAUCCUGGAGGGUCGCGAUGGGUUCCUGCAGGCGUACUCGGGCAACCCGGACCCGUCGCUGGUGCUGCAGGACCUGGGCGAUGAAUACCUGAUCACCCGCACCGGCAUCAAGCCCCACGCCUGUUGCCGGUACAAGCAGGGUCCGAUCGACUGCCUGAUCGACAUCCGCAACAGCCACAGCCUGACCGCCGACGACGUUGAGGACGUUACCGUCGGGGUGCUCAGCGGUGGGUUCAAGCUGGUGGCGUCGCCGGAGGGAGACAAGGCCAACCCCAAGACCGUGGUGGACAUGCAGUUCUCCAUGCCCUUCGGCGCCGCAGUGGCGCUGGCCUACGGAAAGGCGUCGCUGGAAGAGUAUGCCGACGGCGUGCCGGACCGGCCGGAGGUCCGCCGGAUAAUGCAGCAGGUCAAAUGCGUGACCGACCCGGAGUUGGACUCGCACUUCCCCAAGGAGUUCCGGGCCUGGGCAGAGGUGGCCACGACUGACGGGCGCACCCUGCGCAGCGACAUCCGCUACCCCAAGGGCGACCCGGAGAAUGCGCUUUCGUGGGACGAGAUGAAAGAGAAGUUCCUCGUCCUGACCGGCCCCGUGAUCAAUGCCGAACGGCAGCAGGAGAUCAUCGCGGCCAUCGAAUCCCUGGACGAGAUGGACGACGUGAGGGAUUUGGCGGCCCUGCUCUCGACCGAGUAG